AAUCUCGACAAGACAUACAUAACACAUCUCUGGUUGAAAAGUCACUGACGCUAUCGAAAAAAUCCAAAGAGACACCUGUAGAAGAAGGAAUGAAAGAUAUCAGCAUGGAUAAGGGACCCGAUGAUAAAUAA